CAAGGUUCGAAAAAGCGCGAUUAAGCGCGGUUAAGCGCUGAGCGGAGGGUCAGCGCGUCGCUUAGCAGCUAAGCGCUCAAUUAAGCGUGGCGCGCGCUUAAUCGAGCGCGUAAUCGCGCAUAGGCUCGGUUACGCGCGAGGCGCGCGCGUAACCAUGCGGAAAAGCGCCGCACGCGAGCAAAGAAGGGGAGAAAGAGGCCGCAGGCGCGCCGCGCGGGAAAAAUUGGCGAGCAGGCGGGCGGGAAGGGCGCGCAGGCGGGAAGGGCGGGAAGGGCGCGCAGGCGGGCGGGAAGGGCGCGCAGGCGGGAAGGGCGGGUGGAUUAGUCGAAGGCCAAUCGAUGUGCCUCCAAUCCACUAUUCUCUCUCAUCUCUCCGCGGAACUGCUGCGUCCGCCCCUCCGCCGCGGCCACCCCUCCGCCACGGGCCUGCCCCUGCAGUCGCCGCUGGCGUGCCGCGUCCGCCGCGAGCCUCCUCCACCGCGUCUACUCUGCUCCUCUGCUCCGCGACCCACCCUCAGGCUUCAGCCUUCAGGAUGUCUGAGACAGAGAGUGCUGCUGCUGAUGUUGCUGCUGUUGAUGUUGCUGCUGAUCCUGAGAGUCAUCUUAAGAGGAAAUCAAAUGAUAUUGGAUGGCAGUGGGGAAGGCUAUUUGAUCCAAACAACUAUAGUAAAGUGAAGUGCCUUCUUUGCGGCCAUGAGAGCUCAGGAGGCAUUAAUCGAUUCAAGCAGCACCUUGCAUGUGAAGGGACUGGUGUUCUCCAUUGCCCAAAAGCAACACCUGAAAUCAAACAAAAGUGCAAAGAAGAUCUUGAUAGACCAAGAAAGAAGAAAAGAGAUAAGGCGCAGGCAGAGGCAGAUUUGAGAGGUGGUGUGGUGAUUGCAGGAAGAGAAGGAAAUACCAGAUGUGAAGUCAAGAAAGGGAAAGGAUGCAACAGCCACUAUGUUGAGUACUCCUUUCUGGAAGAGUGUAGCACUUUGCCUUAAGGUUUUUGAACCUUUGGUGAGACUACUUCGUUUGGUUGAUGGGGAUGUCAAGCCAGCCAUGGAUUUCCUGUAUGGAGAGCUAAUUAAGGGAAAGAAGGAGGUUAAGGAGGCCUUUGGCAAUGUGGAGAAGAACUACAAGGAUGUCAUGGCUAUUGUUGACAAGAAGAUGAAGAACAGACUUGAUUCUCCCUUGCAUGUUGCUGCAUACAUGCUGAAUCCAUACUACUAUAAAGAAGCUUCCAUCUUUGAUGAUCCAAAUGUUAUGGAAAAGUUCAUGCUUUGUUGUGAGACAUACUUUAAAGGUGAUGAAGAGAAAGAGUACUUGGCUGUGAAUGAAGAUUUUGACAAGUUUCGGACGAGGCAAGGUUCCUUUGGAAAGAAGAUGGCAAGAAGCUGCGAAAAAUUUGAAUUUAGUCCUGGUA